AUGGCGGAACUCCGACGUCGGUUUGGCGCAGACCUCGUAUCUACAUCGGACGAGAACAGCCCAUCGGACUGGCAGUCGAGAGCCACAGCCUUUGGCAAAGUGACAGAAGAGACGAAAGAAGAAGAUAAUUGCCAUAAAACCACCGAGAAGGAGGUCGUAUACGUUCAUGCUUCAGCGAAACCCGAGGAUGCCGCACCACAGGUCAAGACAAGAAGUAAACGCAGGAAUGGAUUGAUAUUCGGACUUGGAGGGAUCUUUGGGAUCUUUGUGGCGUUGUUUUUCGCAAAUCAAAAUGAAGUCAUCAGCUUGGAUGCGCUGCUGGACCUGAAUAUCGAUUCGUUGAUCGAUGUUAUACCCGCAGGCAUCGUCCGGGAUGCAAAGGAGUUUUCAGGUAUUCAGGCUUCACAUCCUGUCAUUAUGAUACCCGGAGUGAUAUCCACUGGUUUAGAGAGCUGGGGAACAGACGAGAAAUCGAGACCGUACUUCCGAAAACGCCUCUGGGGCAGCUGGAGUAUGAUGCGUGCCCUCGUUCUUGACACGGCAGGCUGGAAGAAUAAUAUCAUGCUAGACAAAGAGACCGGGCUUGAUCCGCCGGGUGUCAAACUCCGGGCUGCUCAGGGCUUCGAUGCAACGGACUUCUUCAUCACUGGCUACUGGAUUUGGAAUAAGAUAUUGGAAAACCUUGCGACAAUAGGGUAUGAUCCGACAAAUGCAUACUCGGCGGCGUACGACUGGAGACUGUCAUACCUCAACCUCGAGCAUCGAGACCACUACUUUAGCCGGCUAAAGGACCAUAUAGAAACCGCAGUGAAAGUUGACGGGAAGAAAGUUGUCCUCGUCUCCCACAGCAUGGGCUCGCAGGUAGCAUUAUUCUUCUUCAAAUGGGCUGAACACAAGGGUUACGGCAACGGUGGCCCAGACUGGGUAGAUCGUCAUAUUGCAUCGUGGAUAAACGUCAGCGGUUGCAUGCUAGGUACCUCCAAGGGGCUUACGGCAGUAUUAUCCGGAGAGAUGAGAGACACGGCCCAACUCAACGCGUUUGCCGUGUACGGGCUAGAAAAGUUCUUGUCCAAGGAAGAACGAGUCGAGAUUUUCCGCGCCAUGCCCGGUAUCUCCAGCAUGUUGCCCAAGGGCGGCAACGAGGUCUGGGGCAACCACACCUGGGCUCCAGACGAUUUCCCCAAUCAACCUGUCACAAACGGGAACCUGCUUAACUUCCGAUCAAACACUACCCUCGAAGCUGCGGCACGGCAUAACUUCACCGUCGAAGACGGGCUGUCGUACCUAUACAACAUCUCCGAACCCUGGUAUCGCAACCAGCUUGAUGAGAACUACUCGCAUGGCAUCGCACAUACCGCUGCCGAAGUAGAAGCCAACGAGGACGACCCCCGCAAAUGGCUGAAUCCACUUGAAACCCGCCUUCCUCUGGCCCCGAACAUGAAGAUAUAUUCCUUCUACGGGGUCGGCAAGCCAACGGAAAGAAGCUACUUUUACCGUGAGGAUUUAGACCCCUUGUCCAAACUGAACGUCACCAUGGACACGUCUGUGAUGGAAGGCGAGGGCGAAGGAGGCGUGGAUCGCGGUGUAGUUAUGAGCGAAGGCGAUGGGACUGUCAACUUGCUUAGUUUGGGAUUCAUGGGGACUCGUGGAUGGAAGAUCAAGAGGUAUAACCCGGCCAGGAUACCGAUUAAGGUGUACGAGAUGCCUCAUGAGCCUGAGCGGUUCUCGCCCCGGGGCGGUCCCAAUACAGCCGACCACGUCGAUAUCCUGGGCCGGUCGUCACUGAAUGACUUGAUUCUUCGCAUAGCUGGCGGUAAAGGUGAUUCGAUCGAGGAGAACUAUGUGUCUCGGAUCAAGGAGAUAGCUAGCCGGGUGAAGAUAUAUGACGAUGAGUAG